AUGAUUCUACUUGGAUUUACUGCUCAUUACGAUCUUAGCAGGCCGAAUGAAGUAAACAUAUCAAACACUGCCCACAAAAAGAAAGCCCAGAUUUGCCAACCUGGGAGGCCCAAAGUCCAAAUGGCCCAACCCAUAAGAACAGUAAUCAACAUCGUUGAAUCACCCCCAUCAGGCUGUGAAGAGGUUGCACUUCUUGAAAAUCUCUGCAAUUCUCUCUGCCUUUUAUUCUCAAAAAAAAAACGAUCCAACUUUAAGGAGAAGAAUAGCGCGACUGAAUCGGUGCUUAAGCGUAUCUUGGUGAAUUGUUCAGCUCAGGCCAAACAAUAUGGUAGCUGUGUUGCGGCAAGGGUUCCAGAAGUUGAACGAGACAUGUGUUUAAAAUAA